AUGGCACCGGGUAACGGGCUGGCAGCCGGGUCACACUCCCAGCUGGACCCAUAUGAAGCAGCGCUGCUGGAACUUGCCCAGACUACGAAUACGCGUGAAGUCUUGUCGCUGUCCCGCAAAGAGUUGGAGGCGCUAGAACUAUAUGACCGCAUCCAGGAACAAGAACUUGAGACAGCCCUGCUAUCACAAGACUAUUCUGAGCCCCGACCGGACGAUGACGAUGAUGAUCUUGAAGCCCAGCUUGAGGCAGCAGAACGCGAGUUGUUGGAGGCCCGAUCUACAUACUCCGUGAGGAGAAAAGCGAUUGAAACAAUCCUCAUGACGGAUCCGAGCAUCCAAUCAGUCCACUCCAUAUCCGAUUCUCCCGCGGAGAGAGCCCUUCUACCGCUUAUCAACCGCCGUGAUCUCCUAUCACUCAUCUACGUGAACCUAUCCCGUGCCCACGCGUCAUGUACACAAUCUCUCUCCAACACAAAAGUGGACAGUAUGCAUGGCACCGCAAAGACCCAGGAGUUGGUGCAGACCCUUCUCGGGCUCACGAGUGCAGAAAAGUCCCGGAGAGAAGCGAUAACAGACCCGGCGCUUAUAUCUCAACUGGAAGCGCAGGAGAAAGAGACCAAGGCUGAGAGAGCGAGCUGGGUGACCAUGAAACGCGUCGUCAGCGCCCUCAUUGUCGCGAGUGGCAUUGACUGGGCAGCGGAUGAAGCACUUCAUGACUUGGUGGUUGAUGACGAAGAUGAUGAUGUCUCGGACGGCACCUGA